AUGACAAUUGUACGGGUUGUUGUAUGUGGUGACGAAGGAGUAGGAAAGUCAUCGCUUAUUACAGCUCUUGUGAAGGAGAGAUUUGUACCGAAUAUUCAACAUGUCAUUCCUCCUAUAAACAUUCCACGUGAUUUUUCGGAUAGCCGUUCCUCAUUGAACUCAACAAUUUUGGUCGAUACGUCUGCUUCGAACCUCUCUUCUCUACAAUAUGAAGUUAGACAAGCAGAUGUGAUUUGGCUAGUUUAUUCUGACCAUUACACUUAUGAAAGAAUCUCCUUAUAUUGGAUCCCCAUGUUCAGAUCUAUGGGCGUUAAUCUACCAAUUAUCGUUUGCAACAGUAAGUUAGAUCUUCAGACGUCUUCAGAUAUCUCAGUUGCGCUGAAUGAAGAGUUCAUGCCACUGCUAAAAGAUUUCAAAGAAGUCGAAGCGUGUAUCAGGUGUAGCGCAAAGGAGAACUACAAUAUCAACCACGCAUUCUAUCUAUGCCAACGCGCAGUUACACAUCCACUGUCACCCCUUUAUGAUUACAAAGACGCAUCUAUGAAACCUUUAGCAAUAACGGCCCUGAAUCGUGUAUUCUAUUUAUGUGAUAGAGACCAGGACGGAUACUUAUCAGAUGAGGAAUUCCUACGCUUACAACAAAAAUGCUUCCACAAGUCUAUUGAUAUAACUGAGCUUGAAACAAUUAAAACUACCCUAAAUAGUUUAAUGCCCGAUUGUGCAGGUGAAAAAGGAAUAACGGCAAGGGGAUUCCUUUUAUUGAAUAAGUUUUUUGUUGAAUCGGGGCGACAUGAAACUGUAUGGGGGAUCUUAAGAGCUUUUAAUUACACAGACUCCCUCUCAAUCGACGAAAAGGUUUUAUAUCCAAAACUUGAAAUUCCAAGGUAUUCUAGUGUGGAAUUGUCUCCUCUGGGUUAUAAGUUUUUGGUGGAUUUGUUUCUUUUGUUUGACAAAGACAAUGAUGGUGGGUUAAAUCACCAUGAACUCGAAAGGCUUUUUUAUCCUACUCCAGGAAUACCGAAAACAUGGAAAGAUACGAACUUCCCAAGAAGUGUUGUAUGCAAUGAACAGGGAUACGUGACGCUUCAAGGAUGGUUGGCGCAGUGGUCAAUGACUACCUUUUUAGACCAUAAGAUUACAUUAGCAUACCUUGGGUAUUUCGGUUUUGAAUCCAAUACUUCUGCAGCAUCUACCUCUGCGGCGUUGUACAUAACAAAACCUAGAAAGUUUAAGAAGAGGAACGGCAAAGUCUUCCGUGCUCCAGUGAUUGAUAGGACCGUUUUUAACUGCUUCAUAGUGGGUGCUUCAGGCUGCGGUAAGACUUCAUUACUGGAGGCAUUUUUAGGGAGAUCAUUUAGCAAUGCGCAUUCACCUACUAUACAGCAAAGUUUUGCUGUAAACAACGUAGAGCUGACCGGAGGAAAACAAUGUUACUUAAUAAUGGAAGAGUUAGGAGAGCUUGAAAACGCAAUUUUGGCAAAUAAGGAAAAAUUGGAUUUUUGUGAUGUCCUAUGUUUUGCAUAUGAUUCGUCUGACCCUGAAUCGUUUCAGCAUUUGGUCGAAGUCAAACAAAAGAUUGCGUAUCUUGAUAGUAUCCCAUCAGUUUUUGUGGCACUAAAGGCAGACCUUGACAGACAACAGCAGCGAUCAGAUUUAUUGCCAGAACCGUACACACGUACGUUGAAUAUAUCUCCACCCUUGCAUAUAUGCUCAUAUUGGAACUCUUCGUUGAAUGAACUUAUGAAUCAUAUUGUUAAGGCGGCAUCGAAUCCACGUAUUGCUACUCCAGGGCUAGAACCGGAGCCCACCGAACAAGAACCUAUGAUAAAUCCGUUCACCAUAGGCUGUGGGGCCAUUGGUUUCAUGGUGAUUGUGUCUGCAUUGUACAUGCAAAACUUUUCGAGGAGAUAA